CAAUUAUAAAGCAUUAUUUAAGAAUUGGUAGGAUCAGAUAUAUGCAUUGUGAAGUCCAGAUUCCAAGCUUUAAAAUGACACAUAUUUUAUUCAGAUCAAGCAAGUGAUAAUAAAUGUAUUAUGUAAUUAUUAUAUAUAUUUUUUGUUUUCCGCAGGGAGUGCCCCCACUAGCCUGGUAUGAGCUCAGUUCAAUGAAUCCUUCUAUCAAUAAAAAAUAUACAGUGUAUUUUUUAAAAAUAUGUUCAAAAAGGAGUACAAACCUGUCAUAAUUACUAAAAAAAGAAGUUGAAAAAAAGAUCUAAUGCAAUAUCUUGGGAUAAUAUAUGCAAUAUGAGAGAUUUAUAAAGAAUCUUAGUGGGGCCGGUCAUGUUUGACCAGGAACACAAAAAGUGUUGGCACAAAAUGAACACAGCACAAGGGUUAACACUGGGCAGAUAUUAUUGGGAUCAUUCAAGCAUUCCUGACCUUCGCAGGGACACAUGAAAGGUCUUCUUCUGGCACAGACGAUGCUCAGUCGCCAAGCAACCAAGAAGCGCCAAGCUCAGCAGAAGUGCUUUAGGCAAAGACGGGGGAAACAGAAGAAGGUCUACACCUCCGAAGUGGAAGGAGACAAUAUGGAAAGAAUGCAGAGAGUCCAGCUUGUCUCUAGGCCAACGCAAAGGAACAUCUUCUGGGAUGAGUCUGAGGGUCAGAUACUGGACGUAAGGGAGUUGCUGCAACCAAGUCCAGAGUUGACAGACCCAAACAUAGAAGACAUGAUUGACAAACCACUAACGGGUGGAUUUGUUCCUGAGGUAGAAGACUGGAAAUUGGGAGGUCUGGUGAUGGAAAGUUCUAAGAACUCCCAGUGGUCUCCUAAUAGCAAAACAAAUCUGGAAGGAGGAUUGACAGAAACUGUGCAAAGGUACUGUGACUUAGCAUGGCUUCAAGACUGGAGGGGGCUUGAGAAAAAACACCAUAAAUCUAAAAAUGUACAAGUGAACAGACAGAGGUGGAUGGAUGGACAUUGCUCUGGGUUAUAUAUGAAAUUAUGUGCAGGUGAGAGGGAAGAACGGGAUAUUAAAAAGAGUCAUUUGUUCCAGGCAGACUCUGAAAAACACAGUUAGACAUCUUGGGAGAAUUCAAGCACAAGAUGAAAUGUACAUUAAGGAUUAAAGGAAUAGUUGGCCCAAAAUAGUUUGCGGUCCAUCUUUUCAGUACAAUGGCAGUUGAUAGUGACUCACUUCAAAGCUUAAAAAAAGACAUAAAAUUAUUAUAAAUGUAGUCUAUGUGACUCGUGCGUCACAUUCCAAAAUAGGUUUUAGUGAGAAACAACCAGAAGUAAUUUUUCAGUGAAAAGCUUGACAGCUGUUUAGCACUAAAAACAACACAAGUUCUCGCAUGAAUUCGUGUGCCACUGUGAACAAGCUUCUCUCAUAGCGCUCGCAUAUCUUCGCGUGGAUACCAAGCAGAAUUAAGUGUUUACUUUUGGGGCUGGUCAUGACAUGAGUUAAAAGUAGGGCUGUCAAUUCAACUUUUUACUCUAAUUACAUGAUGUGCUGAUUAAUUAAUCAAAUUAAUCACAACAGGGGGCAUGAUUAAUUGCGUAAUUUUUAACAUGUUAUUUUUUAUAUAAUUAAUCGCACUGAAUUAACUCAUUAAAUUGACAGCCCUAGUUGAAUGAUUAAACUUUGCAGAGACAAGCUUGGUAAGCAAUUCUAUCACAUCUGUCUCAUGAUAACAAGUGUAGUGUCUAAAGGCCUUUUCACAAAGGCGCCGAUGUGAUAAUGAGAGACGAAUCGGCGACGAAAGGCCCAUUCACAAACAAGGCGAAUGAUCGGCGUAAGCACAUCCACACCUUUACAAUAGGUGGCGCUGAUCGACAGUCAAUUUUACUCCUGUACAGUAAGUGGCACAAUGCUCCUUUCAGCUGAUCUGCCCUCAACCCAUCAUGGAUGAGAAGAGGAACUACUUGACAAGUUCAUGGAAUGAGAGACGACCAAGUUCUCUAGCGAGUAGAUUGAAAAAAUAAAAUGCAUUUCUCUACAAGCUGCAGCAGUGAUGACAAGUUUGAUGUCGAUUUGCUAAACGAGAAAUAUAACAUGAAAGCCACUUUCACAAACUAUUUCAAUUCACCUGCAGUUGACGUUUAGGCUACACCACUUUCUAAGAGGUGAUCACAAAGAAUCGAGAAAAAAAAAAUUAACAGUUAAAACAAAUGUUAUCAAUAGAAACAAUACUGAUUAUAUGCCUUUGCCAUGCACAUCUAGUGUUAUGUACAUUUGUUUAAAAUCACUGUGUAAUACACACAUAUAAUAAUUGUUAAAUGUUGUCAGCUGGAACAAUACUGAUUAUAUGUUAUUGCCAUGUACAUCUACCUGUGUUAUUUACAUUUGUUCAAAACCCCGCAUGUUACAAAUUAAACGUGACAUUUUAUUGCCAAGUUGUCUGGACUAAGUGAGCACCGCUUCCUGAGAAAACAAAGGACUUCCGAGAAAAUCAACAUAUGAAAUCUCUCACACUUGACAUCUCCACCUGAAACACUACACCCCAGUAAGCAAAUAUUGGAAACUCACUCCUCGUUGUUCUUCCAUAUCUGCUCAGUUCACCCCCUCUCCUCUCUCCCAUCGUCCUCAGCACAGUAUCACCUCAAACCCACCUAAGAUCUGUAUGUACAAAAAAUACCAUAUCCUAUGUACACAAAGAAUAACUAUACAUGUUUGAUAUCAUUUAAAAGGUAUCAAAGGUACAACUGGUACAAUGGUCUCAUUUCCACAGCAGUUGACUUAAUCAUAAUAGAGAUUUUAGAGAAAUUAUGUUUCUGCUGUUGGGGUGUGUCUUUCUGGGGUCUUUAAUGUAAAUGAUUAUCAGUUCUCAGGAGGGUGUGACCUUCUCAGGAAUGUGUGACCUCCUGAGUCACUGGAGCCAAGUCAGUUCUAAAUAUCAAUUGAAUGGUUUAUUGACUCCAUUUGAUGUAAUUAUUAUUAUGGUCUGGAUAUUUAAGGCAAUCCGGCAAACUGCUCAGGGGGAUUCUGUAGCUAGGUUAGUCCCAUAGUGUUGUGUGUUGCAUGCAACACAGGUAUGCAUCUUUUACUCUUAAGAUUCAUCUUUGAGCAUUGGAUGUUUUGUAUAGAUUAUUUCUGAACUGAUAAAUUAUGUGAUUGGCAUGAUACAUAUUUACCUGAUUAAUAAAUGGUUAAACUUGAUUCUAUUCUGACUUAUUCUGAAAUUAUUGGCUUUAGUAGAAUACGUAAAAUCCAUGUUACCACAUCGUUGCACAUCGGUUAUCAGAGUUACUAUAAACUUAAGACUCAACGAUUGAUGGAGCAUGGGGCAUGUCAGCUGGGACCACAGCUUUCUGAGUAACACUCUACAAUAAGGUUCCAUUUGUUAGUUAACAUGGACUAACAAAAACAAUACUUUUACAGCAUUUAUUAAUCUUGGUUACUGUUAAUUUCAACAUAUAAUAAUUCAUUUUUAAAAUCAAAAUUGUAUAUGUAAACAUUAGUUAAUGCACUAUGAACUAACAAUGAACAAUUGCUUUUUUAGUAACAAACAUUAACAAAGAUUAAUAAAUGCUGUAAAAAGAUAUGGUUCAUAUUUAGUUCAUAAUACCUAAUGCCUUAACUAAUGUUAACAAAUGGAACUUUACCCCUUUCUGACCAACUAUUUGGCAUUAGUUAAU